AUGAUGGGCAGCAAGAUGGCGUCUGCCAGCAGGGUCAUCCAGGUAGUCAAGCCACAUACUCCAUUAAUACGAUUUUCUGACAGAAUAGAUGAUCCUAAAUCCAAUGUAUCGAAAGCUUUGAGAUCGGCAGGGCUACCGUCUCAUUAUUCUGCAAUUUCCCAGCAUUCUAAGGGAAAUAAAUCACCAGAUUUGCUGAUGUAUCAGGGUCCACCAGACACUGCAGAAAUAAAAAACAUUACUCAGAAAAACAGAAGGGGGCGGCACCUGAAACUUGUGUCUCAAGAAGAAAUUGAAUAUAUUCAACAUGGAGGUCCAGAGUAA